ACCUACUUCGUAUAUUGUGUGAUAUGGUGACAUCGUGUAUUUCAUUGCCCUGCUUUUGUUAGACUUGUCAUUUCGUUUUGCCCACUAGCACUAGACGUAGUUGGAGGUAUUAAAGUUAACAAUCAGACCGGUGACUGGGUUAAUGUCACCACUACAGUAGACAACUUAGGCCUCAACAAUAUUAAGUGUCUUAGAAGAAAAAUGUCUUCAUUACUAGGAUACUCUAUCUCUGUGGAAAGCAGCCUGUCAGCCUCUGGUUAUGAUGGUAUCGUUUAUGUAUCCAGCAACCCUCCAGAACUCGACAAGUCUGCUCCAGAUGCAAUUAAGGAUGCUCUCUCAAGAGCUAUCAAAGUUGAUGCAGCCUUAUUCUCAGAAGGCGGGGUGAUGGAGGUAAAUCUGCCAGCUGGGCGUAUGGUGUAUUCUCCAACAGGACCCCUUUCUGACUACCAUGAUGUCCGAAGUUUUGGAGAAGCAGCCAAGAAAGGCAUAUUGAGAUCUUUGAAAGCAGAGUUUCAAUCACCACUGCUAGUUCUCAAUCAAAAUCUCAAAUUUCCGAAUUGUGAUCUUGUUACUAUUCUUGGAGCUAUGGAGGCACUGUACAUGAACAUCCAAUGGAGAGAAGACUGUCCUGAUAAGUGUCCUAAGGUGAAGAACCUGGGAGUGUGGAGUCAAGAUCAUAGCAAGUUGGUGGAGACUGUAGACCUAGCCAAAAAGUUGGAGAGUGGAAGGAUUGUGGCCCGAGACAUCGCAGACUGUGAUCCAGAGAGGAUGGCACCUCCUCGUGUGGAGGAGUAUGUGAAACAGACAUUCCCCUCAGGCUGUGGAAUCUCUGUGUCCGUUGUGAGCGAUGAGGGCAAGCUGACCAAAGACUAUCCUCUAUAUGCUGCUGUCAACCGUGCUGCCAGUGUGAUUGAGCGCCACAAGGGACGAAUAAUCUAUCUGCAAUACGACCCACCUGGACCUGUGGAGGACACUGUGCUACUGGUGGGCAAGGGAGUUACUUAUGACACUGGUGGUGCAGACAUCAAGGCUGGGGGUGUCAUGGCGGGCAUGUCCCGAGACAAGUGUGGAGCUGCUGCUGUAGCAGGCUUCAUGAAGGUAGUAGCAGAGAUGAAGCCACAGAAUCUAAAAGUGAUUGGUGCCAUGUCCAUGGUCCGAAACAGUGUGGGAGAGAACUGUUACGUAGCAGAUGAGGUGAUACGGGCUAGAUCUGGAGUUAGGGUCAGAGUCAACAACACUGAUGCCGAAGGUAGAAUGAUAAUGGCUGAUGUACUGUGCUAUAUGAAGGAGUUGGUGGAAAAGAAGGAAGCUGCUGUCAACCCUCAUCUGAUAACCAUUGCUACUCUUACUGGCCAUGCUUUUCUGACAGUGGGUGCUGGUUAUAAUCUGGCCAUGAACAACGGACCUGCACACAAGGAUCAGGAGGCCAGAAAACUACAAGAGUCAGGAGAGGCUGUGGGUGAUCCUGUGGAUAUUAGCAGACUGCGCAGGGAGGACUUCACCUUUCACAAGGGCAAGUCGGAGGGUGAUGAUGUGUUUCAAGCCAACAACGAACCAUCUACUAGAACUCCAAGGGGUCACCAGGGCCCAGCAGCUUUCCUCAUAAUGGCCUCAGGCCUAGACAAGCAUGGAUUGGACUCCAGCCUACCAAUCAAGUACUCCCAUCUGGACAUAGCUGGAGGAGCUGGUAGUCUUCCUAAACCCGCCACAGCCUCUCCUGUACUGGCUUUGGCUCACCGCUACUUGCUCUGAUAAUAUUUCUAUUGUUAUAUGGGGUCUUCUUAUGUGGUAUUUUCUGUUAUUCUAUGAGCACUAUCAAAAAUUUACAUUAUCGAUUAUUGUUAGAAGAUAUUUAUAAGUUGGUAAUUAUUCCAGGAACAAGUUGCUUUAUUAAUAUAUUUGAUUUCAAUGUGUUAUUAUAUUUUGUACAACAAAAUAAUUUUAUUGUUGUUUCAUCUGGUUCAUUAUUAACCUCAUGAGGACAAAGGGCCAGAUUUUAGACAGUGUUCCUAAAUUAGGACCUAGGAUUUACCUAGAAUUUAUAUAAGUUAUACCUACAUUGAUUACAUUUUAAGCAAUUAAAAGAUGACUGAAUGAAGAAGAUAUAUAUUGUAAAUUUGACCACACUUUUUAAUAUGAUAUACUAUAAUUAAUUGGCCAAAUUAAAUAAGAAACAUUGUGAUUAGGCUGUUUGGUUAUAACUACAAUAUAAACUUGUGGAAGUACGCAAUAUUGUUGUUUUGCCAAGUGUAUUUGUGGUAAAAGAUUCCUAUAUAAAAUCUUAUAUAUAGUACAUUUAAAUUUAAUUAUAAUUUUAUUUAUGACCACAUUAAAAAAAAAAUAUUGAUCAUUAUGUCUUUCCAGACACUCAGUUUUCUGGUGACUGCUAACUAAAGGCAAAUAAAUACAUAUUUAAUUUAUUUA